AGGACGCCAAAGAUGGCAAGGAAAAGAAUUGGGUUGGAGACAUGCAGCCGAGACCAGAGGAUCGGAAGACCUCAAGGAGGCCUGUCGUCUUGAGCUCCUCGGGUCAAAGAGAGGAGCAGGUGGAAGGCGAGGGAGGAAGAGGAGAAGAUGAAGAAGGAGUGAUGAAGAGGAGUGUAAAGGGGAGGAGGGCGUCUUCAGAGGGGAGGGAGAUGAGCCAGGAGUCCAGAGAGCUGAGAUGGAGGGUCAACCAGCUGGAGAAGGAGAAUCUGAAGCUUUCGGUGCGCCACAACCAGGAGGUGUGUUUCCUGCAGGCGGAGGUGGCCCGUUUUCGCUCCUUAUUGGAGCGUAGCGAGGCUCAUCGGACGAAGCUGCAGUUCCAGCUCGCUGCCAGCCACAGAGAGAGCAACCGGGUCGCCGAGCUCGACCGGGACAGAACCGCUCUGAAAGAGAAAUCAGCAGAGCUGCAGCAGAUCAUCGCAGAACUGCGGAAAACUCUGCAGCUUAGUCAGCAGGCCAGGCAGAACGACCAGCAGGCGCUGCAGCAGGAGGUGGAGGAGAGAGACCAGCUGAUCCAGAACUUCAGCUCCGAAAACCAGCGGCUGCACCAGCUGCUGCAGGACCAGCAGGCGGCUCUGGAGGCAUCUGAGAGGAAAAUGGCCGACCUGCUGCGGGAGAGACAGAAGGAGGCGGAGGAAAGCAGACGGCUAGCCGAAGAGCUGAAGACGCUGGAGGAGAGGAGCGGCAGGGAGAAGGAGAUCGCAGAUGAGAAGGUGAAGCGUCUGGAGGCGGAGAAAACGGCUCACCUGGAGUCCAGGAGCAACCUGGAGCUGCGGGUUCGGGACCUGGAGGCAGCGGUGGCAGUGGAGCAGUCCGGCCAGAAGGAGGCGCAGUGCAACCUGGAGCUGCUGCAUACGCACUUCAGAGAGCUGGAGAGAGCUUACAGCCUGGAGAGGGAGAGGAGGAGUCACACUGAGCACGCUCUGGAGCGCCUGCAGACAGAGUUCAAUCACUGCCAGACUGAGAUGGCUGUUGCCUUGGAAACCGAGAGGAAGGCAACCUCUGACCUCUCAAAAAAGCUUGAGGAGGAGAAGAGUCAACUUGGCAAAACGCAGUCGUUGCUGCAGCAGGCAGCAGCGCAGCAUUCUGAAGCAGAGGACGCCUUCCACAACUUCCUGCAGCAGAUCAUCGCCCUGCUCGGCACCAUGGCUCAAAACCUAGCACAACCCGCAAAGCAUGAUGGGAAACCGAGUCCUGCUGAGGUCCUGCAGCUGCUGGCGGUCACUCUGAGCACCAAGCAGCACAGACUGGAGGAAACCAACCUCCAGGUCCAGGACCUGCUGGCGGCGACCCAGAAGCUCCACGAGGAGAACCAGCUGCUCCAGCAGCUGACCUCAGACCAGCAGAAACAAAUUGAUGAUUCGCAGCAGAUGCUGGGCCAGCUGCAGGACGAGGCCUCUGAUUGGACGAUACAGAACACGGCGCUGCAGGAGGAGCUGCAGACAGUGAAGGAACAGAGCAGAAAGGAGAUCCAGGAGCUGAGAGAGGAGUUCAGCAAGGAGUCAGCGGUCCGCCUGGCCUUCCUGCACCGCCUGAACCAGCGCCUGCUGACCGGCUGCGUCCUCAUCCAGCCGCCCCACAGAAUUCUGGGAGACUUCACCUGGAGGGAGCUGUGUGAUGUCAUCAGUGAGCAGGUGGAUCAGAUGACCUCUGACCUGCAUCAGGCCAAGGACAAGAUCGCUCACCUGCAGAGUGUGUGUGACAAGAAGAGUGUGUGUGUGCGCGAGCUGAAGCGCAGCCAGGGGUGUGUGUUGUCUAGCCUGCAGGAAAACAUGAAGAGGAGAGAGGAGACCUGGAACCAGCAGCACACACACACCGUCAACCAGCUGCAGAACCAGCUGCAGAUGUGUCGCUCUCAGUGCAACGCCCACAGGGACCGCGUCUCCUCGCUGACCUCUGACCUCUCCCGGAGCCGGCGCGAGUCGUCGUCCCUGUUGGCGGCCUGCGCCCUGCUGGCGGGCGCCCUGCGGCACGCCCACCGCUGCCUGCGCUCCCUGUCCGAGCAGAAGGCGGUCCUGGGCCGGCGGCUGGCCGAGCGGGAGCGGCUGGAGCUGGAGGUCCGGAAGCUGGCCGACGCGCUGGGCGGCGAGCGGACGGAGGAGGAGGAAGAGGAGGAGCGAGGAAGGAGGGCGAGGAGGAGGUGGAGGAGCGGCGCGGGCGCCGUGAUGGCCGUGAACCGGUGGACGGCUCUGAGGAAGGAGACCGAGGUGGUGCUGCGGCUGGAGAGGAGCGGCGGCAGCGUCUGCGUGUGCGGAGCGCCGCGUACGGCAGCCCUGAAGGGAGCUGAAGUUCCUGCAGGGGUUUUUUCUCGCUGGCUUCGCUCUAAAAGCCUCUCCGCCAUCAUCCUGUCCUCCAUGGCCGACCUGCAGGGGGCGCUGGCUGACUCAGACUCCUCUUCCGCUCAUGUCAUGGCCGCCGCUCGCUCCGGGUUCUCCCGCCUCCUGGACCAGCUGCUGGACCAAUCAGCUCUCAGCGUUUGCUCUGGUUCGGCUGAGCGGAUCGCAGAGCGCUCCUCCCUGAAGACGCUGGUCUCCGGCCUCCAGCAGCACUUCCUGCUCUUCAGCCAACGGCUGCACUCCGCCGAGGUGGAGAGGCGGAGCCUGCGGCUGGAGGUGUCCAACCUGAAGAAAGAGCUGCAGCAGGAGCGGGCGGAGCUGGUUCUGAUGGUUCCGACGGAGCGAUUCCAGACGGCCUGCGAGGAGCUGAGGCUCUCUCUGAACAGAGAGCAGGAGGCGCAGGAUCUGAUCCGGGAGCAGGACAGGCAGCUGCAGCUGCUGCAGCAACGGGUCGACAAGCUGGCCUCAGAACAGCACACACUGACCCACAGCAAACAGCUGAGCCGUAAAGAGAACUCCCUGAGAAUUCUGGGUAAGCAGCUGGCGGGCGUUCAGAAGGAGAAGAAGCAGCUGGAGCAGCAACUGCAGAGAGCCGAGGAGCAGCUGAGGGAGGCGGUCAGGCGGCAGCAGUUUGUGGUUCGCUGCCUGAAGGCUGCAGAGUCGAGCUGCAAGCAGGUCAGAGAGAGUCUGGCCCAGUCGCUGCACUCUGCCGCCACUCAGCGGCGCCCCCUGCUGUUCGCCCUGGAGUACCUGAAUAUGAGCGAGGAGAAACACCUGAUGGGAGCUCCGGAGGUGGCAGCGUGUCAGAGCUUCCUGUCCGUCGUGUCGCAGCUGCAUCAGGCCUGCUGCUCCCGGAUGGACUGGCUGGAGCAGGAAGUCUCCGCCCACCACAGUCAUGUGACCGCUCUGCGCGGCGAGCUGCAGGACGCCUGCCUCCGGGAAAACCUGGCCUUCAUUCCCGUGGACGCUCUUCCUGGUCCGGAGGUCGAUGAGGAGAAGCCAGACUUUCUUCCUCUUUCUGGUUUCUCUGAGAAGCCAAAUAAAGACAAUGUGACCCGUCAGUUCUGAUCCGAAGCGCGGUGAAACAAAAACUCGCUCCUGGUUUCAGUCCUGGGAUGUUUAACGAUGUGAAGUCGGAUCAAACUGGAAGUUUCACCUUCAGGAAACAUUAAUCAGCUGAUCUGCUGCCGGCGAUGACGGACCUGUGGAGGUUUCUGCUUCUGAUACCUCAACAUGUUACAGAAAAAACCAAACGGGACAUUUCACACUCAUCUCUUUCUGUUACUUAAAUGUCAGUCUAACUUCAUGAAUUUUUUGCAAAUCCUUGGAGAGAAAGAAAACUGAUGUACUAAAAACCAGACGAAUAAAACAUAGGAAACAGUCAAAAUGUCCCCACAAAGUCAGAAAUACACAAAACAUUAAGAAAAAAACAGAAGAAAGAAAAAAUAUUGGAGAAGGAAGCAGUUGUUGGGUUUUUAAACCUGCUAAGGAGAAAAGACAUGAAAGAAAUAAAGUCCAGAAAGAUUAAAUUCUCCUAAAAAAAAAAAUAAAAAUUACCAGAAAAGAAGCUGCAAGCUGUUAUAAAAGGGAUCCAAACUGGGCUGCGUCUGUGGAAAUCAGCUUCAUUAGUCAUGAUUUAGAUAUUUUAGGAAGUUGUUUCUGAGCUCAACACACAGCUUUGUGUUUUUGGGACAUUUAGUCUGUUGUUAGCGCCCCCUACAGCCCAAACUUUAUUCAGCUUGACCAAUUCUCUAACUUCAUAUGAUAAAGGAAUAGAAAGCAGGUUUUCAUCCAGAAGUCAUGUCAGGCCGUUUCAGAGGUUGAAUCGGCCAUUUUUAUGAAAUAAAUGGUUUAAAAUCAG